CCGGGGCGGGGCGCGGCGGGCUGUGCGCGCCCACUCGGCUCCAGGCGGCCAGCGUUCGCGGGCCCAGGCCGCCCGCCUCUACCCGAGCACCGCGGCGGAGCAGCGGCGGGAGCCCCGGGAGAAGCAGCUGCAGUCGCGCGAGGCUCCCCCUCCACCCCCGCGCGCGCCCCUCGCCGCCCGCCCCGGGCUCCGUGUAUGGGGACGCGGCUCGCCAGCCUCCGUUGAGACCGUCCCCCGGGUACGGUGGCCUCGGGCUCCAGAGCCCGCCCCGCCACCCGAGGGCUGCGCGCGGCUCCGGGCCUGCUCGCUGCGCGGCUCCGCGCGUCCCGGGCCAGGAAGUGGCCGCGCUGAGCGCCAUGGCCCACUCCCCGGUGCAGUCGGGCCUUCCGGGCAUGCAGAACCUCAAAGCGGAUCCAGAGGAGCUUUUUACCAAGCUGGAGAAAAUUGGAAAGGGCUCUUUCGGUGAGGUGUUCAAAGGCAUUGACAAUCGGACUCAGAAAGUGGUUGCCAUAAAGAUCAUUGAUCUGGAAGAAGCUGAAGAUGAGAUAGAGGACAUUCAACAAGAGAUCACAGUGCUGAGUCAGUGCGACAGCCCAUAUGUAACCAAAUACUAUGGAUCCUAUCUGAAGGACACUAAAUUAUGGAUAAUAAUGGAAUAUCUUGGUGGAGGCUCUGCCCUGGAUCUGUUAGAACCUGGCCCUUUAGAUGAAAUUCAGAUUGCUACCAUAUUACGAGAAAUUCUGAAAGGACUUGAUUAUCUACACUCAGAGAAGAAAAUCCACAGAGAUAUUAAAGCGGCCAAUGUUCUGCUCUCUGAACAUGGAGAGGUGAAGCUGGCUGACUUUGGAGUAGCUGGCCAGCUGACCGAUACCCAGAUAAAAAGGAACACCUUCGUGGGCACUCCCUUCUGGAUGGCGCCUGAGGUCAUUAAGCAGUCAGCCUAUGACUCAAAGGCAGACAUCUGGUCCCUCGGCAUCACAGCAAUAGAACUGGCCAAAGGAGAGCCCCCGCAUUCCGAGCUGCACCCCAUGAAGGUGUUAUUCCUCAUCCCAAAGAACAACCCUCCCACACUGGAAGGAAACUAUAGCAAACCCCUCAAGGAGUUUGUGGAGGCCUGUUUGAAUAAGGAGCCGAGCUUUAGACCCACUGCUAAGGAGCUGUUGAAGCACAAGUUCAUAAUCCGCAAUGCGAAGAAGACGUCCUACUUGACGGAGCUCAUCGACCGGUACAAGAGGUGGAAGGCGGAACAGAGCCAUGACGACUCCAGCUCAGAGGACUCGGAUGUGGAAACAGAUGGCCAGGCAUCUGGAGGCAGCGACUCUGGGGACUGGAUCUUCACAAUCCGGGAGAAAGAUCCCAAGAAUCUGGAGAAUGGAACUCUUCAGCCAUCAGACUUGGAAAGAAAUAAGGUGAAGGACAUCCCAAAGAGGCCUUUCUCUCAGUGUUUAUCCACCAUUAUUUCCCCUCUCUUUGCUGAGCUGAAAGAAAAGAGCCAGGCAUGCGGAGGAAACUUGGGGUCAAUAGAAGAGCUGCGGGGAGCCAUCUACUUGGCAGAAGAGGCCUGCCCUGGGAUCUCUGACACCAUGGUGGCUCAGCUCGUGCAGCGGCUGCAGAGAUACUCCUUGAGUGGUGGAGGAACGUCAGCUCACUGAAAUGCCUUUUGCAUCUGGGUUUGCUCUUUCCUUUCUUCUUCAUCUUCCUUCUGUUUAAAAGUCAGUAAGAGCCUUUGCUGACUCUGCGAAGAGGUGUCAUGGAGGCCCACCCUCCUGUAGCGCCAGCACCUGCCCAGGGACACAGCCUCACCGUGCCACACCAGGUGGAGUCCUUCCGAUGGGGUGGGGGGCUACUCCUUCAAGCAAUUAUUUUAUUUUUUUAUUGUUUUUAAUUUUAAUCAUAGUGCACAUAUUCAAAGAAAGUAUCUUUAACAAACCCUGAAAUGUAUAUUUGGGUUGUGACAAGGCGGUUGAAGACUUGCGACCUCAGGUACCUGCUUUAUGUUGCUUGCGCCUCCCCCGGGAGACGAGUUGCUCUGGUGGAUCAGUGUACAGACUUGUAUAUAGCGUCAUUUUUACGGAAAAACUUUUGGCGUGCAUAAGGAAUCACUGUGUACACAUUGGCCAAGUGCUUCUGUAGAUAAUGUCUGUGGAGUAAAUAUUUGACAGGCCAGAACUUGAGUCUAUUGCCUUGCCUUUAUUACAUGUAAAUUUUGAAUUUCGUGACCAGUGAUUUGGAUUUUAUUUUGUAUUUACAGGGUCUGUCAUUAAUAAUAAUUACCCUCCCCCAUGGAACACUCCUGAUUGUACCUCAGCAGAUGCAAACUUCCCCCUGGGUUUCCCUGUGCCCCCUUUGGUACACUUGGAAGUUUUUCUUUCUCAUCAAUGGUACUGUUUCUUAGUGUUGCAGUUGGAACACAUCUUGUCUCACAGAGCUUUAAAUUAUUCUGAUUUCUCCCGAAUGAAGUGCUCUCGUCUAAUCUCUGUUGAGUUGUGCCACUGUGUCUGCACCAGAUGCACCGUCCUGUCCUCUCCUUUCCGUGGAGCCUUGUCGUAGAAUCUGCACAUCAUCCACCCCACCUGGAAGUGUCUGAAUGCCACACAAAUAAAUUUUAUAACUCA